GUGUGUAAGAGAGAGAGAAAGGCAGGGAGAGAGAGGGAGGCGCUGCAUCAACCCGGCAUACAGCAGCAGCAGCAGCAGGCUGGGCUUAGGGCUCUAUUGUUCCCUGUUUUAUUACUGCCAGACCUCGUUCUCGCUCAUUAAGGAUCCAAGAGAGAAAGAGAAACAGAGAGGACGAGGGGAACGAGAGGAGACCUCAGCCCCGUUUGCCUGGGAUUACUUCUUCUUGGACGCACUGGUGUGGACAAAGCAGAAGCAGAAAACACACACACACUUCGGUCCAGCUCCCUACCCCGGGCCAGGCUUGUUUUUUUUUUCCUCUUGACUGCAUUGGGAACUGCAGUACUUGCCGUGCGGUGGCCAUGGAGCUGGCCGGCAGAGCUGUGGUGACGCUGGGGGUCUCGAGAGGGGCACCGCUCCCCUCUCUCUGGAGGAUAGCGCUGCUCUUUCUCUCCAUCUGGGAGAUGGAUGCACAAACCACAGUGGAAACUAAACCCCUGUACAUCUGGCAAACAGGUCCAUGGGGUCGUUGUAUGGGCAGUGAGUGUGGACCUGGUGGCAGCCAGAGCAGGGCAGUAUGGUGCGCCCACUCUGAAGGCUGGACCACGCUGCACACCAACUGUGACCAGACAGAACGGCCGGACAACCAGCAGAGCUGCUUCAGAGUGUGCGACUGGCACAAAGAUCUGUAUGACUGGCAGCUGGGUGCCUGGAACCAGUGUGUCCCGGUGUCGAUGCGCAGUGCUGGAGUGCAGCGCCCCGCUGUGUGUACCCGGGGAGAGGAGGGCAUCCAGACCAGGGAGGUGGGCUGUGUCCAGAAAGCGAAUGGCGAGCCUGCAGAAGAUGCAAUCUGUGAAUACUUUGAGCCCAAACCACGCCUAGAGCAGGCCUGUCUUAUUCCCUGCCCACGGGACUGUGUGGUGUCUGAGUUCAGCCCGUGGACUAUCUGUUCAAAAACCUGUGGGAUGGGCUUACAGAACCGGAUCCGCUUCGUUCUGGCUCCUCCAUUGUUUGGCGGGGCUGCCUGCCCAAAUUUGACUGAGUUUCAGACAUGCCAGCCAGGGCCCUGUGAGGGAGAAGAGAGCCUCUAUAGCCUCAGGGUGGGACCCUGGGGGCUCUGCUCUGUCCCACUGCCAAGGCAAGCCAGACAAGCUGAUAAACCACCCAGAGAGAGUGACAAACCUUCCAAGGAUGGUGAUAAACUUUCCAAAGAGGGUGACAAACAGUCUAGAGAGAGUGAAAGAACGCCCAAAGGGGGUGACAAACAAUCCAGAGAGGGUAUCAAACUGUCCAGUGAGGGUGGCAAACAGUCAAAAGGAGGGGACAAACAGAGUAGAGAGGGUGACAAACAGCAUAAAGAAGGAGACAAAAGGUCGAAAGAGGGUGAUAAACUGUCCAGAGAUGGGCACAAACCCUCCAGACCCAACAGAAAAUUGGGCAGGGCGAACAGGAAACCAGACAGGCCGUCCCGACAGGCAGACAGGCCCAAACGACAGAAAAAGGCUAAAAACAAAGAGAAAAAAGAGAAAAUGAGAGAAAAGGUCCGGGACAGGUUAAGGGAGAGGGGUAAGGUGAAGGAUCCUGAGACCAGAGAACUCAUCAAGAAGAAGAGGAACAGGAACCGACAGAACCGCGUGGGAGGAAAGUUCUGGGACAUGCAGGUUGGCUACCAGACCAGAGAAGUGACCUGUGUGCAUAAGAGUGGGAACGUUGAAGCCCUCAGCCUGUGCUCUCAGGAGUUGUUGCCAGUGACCUUCCAGGCCUGUGUCAUGACCAAAGACUGCGAUGUGACUGAAUGGUCUGAAUGGUCAGCUUGCUCCAAGGAGUGCUACGACCCCAAUGGGCCCAAGGGAGAGCGCACUCGCACCAGAAAAGUGAGCCAGUUCCCAAUCAAUGGAGGAGCAGACUGUCCAGAGCUGGAGGAGAAGGAGCCCUGCAGCCCCCAGGGAGACGGAGUGCCACCCUGCAUUGUUUACAGCUGGAGGACUACAGAGUGGACAGAGUGCAGGGUGGAUGUGCUGCUGAGCCAACAGGACCGUCGGCGUGGAAACCAGACGGGGUUGUGUGGAGGCGGGAUUCAGACCCGGGAGGUCUACUGUGUCCAGACCAGCACUGACACACCGCCCAACCUCGGCUCGCUCAGGAGCAAAGAAGCACUGCGACCGAUGAACAGCAAUCUGUGUCUGGGUAUCACCCCGAACACCACCCAACUAUGCCAUAUCAGCUGUCCUGUUGAGUGUGAGGUGUCUUCUUGGAGCGCCUGGGGACCCUGCACCUAUGAAAACUGUCAGGACCAGGCAGCCAAAAAAGGCUUCAAACUGAGGAAGAGGAAGAUCGUCAAUGAGCCGACGGGCGGGACAGGCAACUGCCCCCACCUGGUGGAGGCAAUACCGUGUGAAGACCCCAGCUGCUACGACUGGCUUGUGGUUAAACUGGAGGAGUGCAUCCCUGAUAAUGAGAAGGAAUGUGGACCAGGAACCCAGAUCCCACAAGUGCAGUGUGUCAACAGUGAUGGUGAAUAUGUGGAGAGGCAGCUCUGCCGUGAUGCCAUCCUGCCCAUGCCGGCCAUCUGUGAAGUGCCUUGCCCAAAGGAUUGUGCCCUGAGCCCCUGGACCUCAUGGUCUCUUUGUUCCCACACCUGCUCUGGGAAAAACACGGAAGGCAGGCAGACCAGAGCUCGCUCUAUCCUGGCCUAUAAUGCAGGAGAAGGUGGAAUCCAGUGUCCCAAUGUCAGUGCCCUGCAGGAGGUGAGAAACUGCAAUGACCAUCCCUGCACUGUGUACCACUGGCAGACCGGCUCUUGGGGACAGUGCAUAGAGGACUCCUCCAUCCCAGCCACCAACACGUCUGUGGGUCGAACACGGGGCGACGAUGCCUCCUGCUCAGUGGGGAUGCAAACCCGCAAAGUCAUCUGCGUACGGGUCAAUGUGGGCCAGGUUCCUCCAAAAAAGUGUCCAGAGAGUCUGCGCCCAGACACGGUCAGGCCCUGCUUACUGCCAUGCAAGAGAGACUGUAUGGUCACCCCAUACAGCGACUGGAGCCCCUGCCCAUCAACAUGCCAAGCAGGUGGUAGCACCAAGAAGAAGCAGUACAGGAAACGUAUUACCAUCCAGUUACCAGCCAAUGGGGGGCAGGACUGUCCUGAAGUGCUGACCCAGGAAAGAGAGUGUGAUGCUCCAUCUGUAUGCCCGGGAUACAGAUGGAAAACCCACAAGUGGCGGCGAUGCCAGCUGGUUCCAUGGUCAGUUCGUCAGGACAGUCCCGGAGCUCAGGAGACCUGUGGGCCAGGCCUGCAAGUUCGGGCUGUUUCGUGCCGGAAGCAGGACGGUGGGCAGGCAGACGUUGAAGCUUGUCUUCAGUUUGCCAGCUCCAUGCCGCCUCUCACACAACACUGCCAGCUGCCCUGCCAGGAAGACUGUCAGCUCAGCAGCUGGUCCAAGUUCUCCUCCUGCACAGCCGAUUGCGUGGGCGUCAGGACCCGCAAGAGGAUGCUAGUUGGGAAGAGCAAAAAGCGUGACCAGUGUAAAAACCACCAGGUGUACCCCCUGAGUGAAACCCAGUACUGCCCAUGCAACAAAUACAAUGCUCAGCCUGUGGGCAACUGGUCAGACUGUGUCCUACCUGAAGGCGGCCGCAUGGAGGGUCAACUGGGCAUGAAGGUCCAAGGUGACAUCAAGGAGUGCGGCCAAGGAUAUCGUUACCAGGCCAUGGUGUGCUACGACCAGGACAACCGCAUCGUGGAGACCUCUCGCUGCAACAGCCAUGGGUACAUUGAGGAGGCUUGCAUCAUCCCCUGUCCGUCUGACUGCAAACUGAGUGAGUGGUCCAACUGGUCGCGUUGUAGCAAAUCCUGCGGCAGUGGGGUCAAAGUUCGCUCCAAGUGGCUGAGAGAAAAGCCCUACAACGGUGGAAGACCGUGUCCUAAACUAGACCAUGUCAACCAGGCUCAGGUGUAUGAAGUGGUGCCGUGCCUCAGUGACUGUGGGCAGUACGUGUGGGUGGCAGAGCCCUGGAGUGUGUGGAAGGUCAGCAAUGUGGACCUGAAGGAUAACUGUGGUGAAGGUGUUCAGACCAGGAAAGUCAGAUGUAUGCUGAACACUAUAGACGGGCCCUCUGAGCAGGUGGAGGACUACCUGUGUGAUCCAGAGGAGAUGCCUUUGGGGGCCCGCAACAGCCGGCUGCCCUGCCCCGAGGACUGCGUGUUAUCAGACUGGGGAGCCUGGAGCCCGUGUCCACUGCCUUGCAGUGGGAACAGUACUCGAGAGAGGAGUGCUUACCCGCUCCGCCAGCCUGGAGAGGAGAAGGAGUGUCCUUCGACUAAAGAAACAGAGUCCUGCAAACUCAACAGCAACUGCUUCCACUACUCCUACAACAUCACCGAUUGGAGUACCUGUCAGCUCAGUGACAGAGCGGUGUGUGGAAACGGCAUCAAAACUCGCAUGCUGGACUGUGUGCGCAGCGACGGCAAAUCGGUAGACCUCAAAUUCUGUAAAGAGUUGGGCCUGGAGAGGAAGUGGCAGAUGAAUGCUUCCUGUGUUGUGGAAUGUCCCGUCAACUGCCAGCUAUCUGAUUGGUCACCAUGGUCCGAGUGCACUCACAGCUGUGGACUGGCAGGCAAGCUCUGGAGGAGGCGGACAGUGAUCCAGGCUCCCCAGGGCGACGGGAGGCCCUGUCCAUCCCAGAUGGAGCAGUGGAAGCCCUGUCUGGUGAAGCCAUGCUACAGCUGGAGAUACAGUGCCUGGUCUGAGUGCAAGUCUGAGGGAGCGAGGUGUGGAGAGGGCCUGCGCUUCAGGAACGUGUCAUGCUUUGUGUCGGACGGUUCGGGUCAGCAGGACAGCAGCCUGGUGGAUGAUGAGCUGUGUGGAGAUCUGGAGCCAUCAGUGGACGGAGAUACUCACAUUGUUCUGCAGGAGCCCUGUACUGUACCCUGUCCAGGAGAGUGCUACCUGACGGACUGGACUGUUUGGAGUCCGUGCCAGCUGAGCUGUGUAAGUGGGGACGAUCUGGGUUUUGGCUCAGUCCAGGUCCGUUCCCGAGCCGUGGUGGCACAAGAUCCAGAGAACCUGCUGCAGUGUCCAGAACAGGAGCUGGAGGCUCGGCCGUGUACAGAGGGUCAGUGUUUUGAAUACAAGUGGAGGACUGGACCAUGGAGGGGUUCAUCUCGCCAAGUCUGGUGUCAGCGCUCAGAUGGAUUAAAUGUCACAGGUGGAUGCCCACUGACAGCCAAGCCGAUGGCUGACCGAUCCUGUGACCCGCCCUGCACCAAGCCACGCUCCUUGUGCACAGAGGCGGGAGUGUGCGGCUGUGAGGAGGGCUACACUGAAGUGAUGACGUCCGACGGCGUGCUGGACCAGUGUACAGUCAUCCCGGUGCUGGAGAUCCCCACUGCAGGCGACAACAAGGCCGAUGUCAAGACCAUCCGAGCCUUCAAUCCCACCCAGCCUGCAGCCAGCACACCAGGCAGGGCGGGGAGAACCUGGUUCCUGCAGCCCUUUGGCCCAGACGGGAAGCUGAAGACCUGGGUGUACGGAGUAGCAGCAGGGGCGUUUGUUCUGCUUGUCUUCAUUAUCUCCAUGACGUACUUAGCAUGCAAAAAGCCAAAGAAGCCACAGCGAAGGCAGAUGAACAACAGACUGAAGCCGCUGACUCUGGCCUAUGACGGAGACGCCGACAUGUAGAAGUCUUCCUGCUGACCACACUGACCUACAGACAUUCGUCCUACUGCAGGACACACGGGGUUGCUAUGGAAACCCUUGAUGUCAGGGCUGCCGCUGGGCAUUGUUCAACCUUCACGUGGACACCCUGGGAAGAUGAUUCUGACAGAAACACAAACCUCAAAGUUCAAGAAGCAGAAUCCAUGUCCAUUAGCAGCCUUGAUGUUGCCGUCCUCUUUUGUAAUUUCCAUUUUGAUACUUUGUUUCACAAGAGCCUUCAUGAAUUCUUUAUCUUCUUCUGCAAGUUUGCCUUUGCUUCUUUGCCAUCUACUACUGCCGGUAACAUCCGAAUCACGGUUGCUGGAGAGGGUCGCCCCUAAACAAAGAUUUUGCUGUAAAAGCACAAAUCUUCAUUUGUCUUUUAAUUUUGUCACCGCUGAGUGGGAUCAUCUCCUAAGGACAUUCAUCAUUCUUUGACCCAUACAGAAGAUUCAAACGUGUCUGUGUCAUUGUGGCCUGGGUCUGUGUCGCAAGAAAAGAAAACCAGAGAACAAGAAUGAUUCCCAGGGCCACCGUCACUUCUGCCUGCCUCUCCUUUCUCCGUUUUCAGGCAUAAUUUUUGCACUAUAUUAGUGCAGCAUGAUAUGUACUUAUGUCUAGCUUCGCCAUAGGAAACUGCCUCUCUCAAAACAAGAUGGUGUACAGUCUUGUGCUAGAAAUGUAAAAAAGUAGACUUUUUUUGCAAACAGAACUCACCAAUGUUUGUUAAUAUUUUUCUUCUAUUACCUCUUAUGUGUGAUACGAUGGGACUCAAUGUAAAUAGGAUUUUUUCUGUGGUCUCAACUUUACCUUUCUAGUAUGUACAGCUACACGUCCCAAACUCUGCCUGAGUUCCGUUAUUCUCUGACGAUUGUUUGACUGUGGUUUAAGAUCAUGAUCUUUUCAUUUGGUAAAUUAUUGAUGCGCAUUACUGUCAUCAACCUCAGACUACAGAAGCUGCAUAGAAUCCCCUUCAAUUAUGAAACCUUUAGCUGUGAUAUGGGAAGGAGAAAAGUGGAAACAAAACCUGAGGAUGGGGUCCUGUGACAUUUGAGUUACAAUGUUAACCUUGGAAGUCAGUUAAAAUAAAUCAGAAUUCUCAAUGUAAUGGGUGAGAAAAAUAUCAAGACUUAAAAUGUCAAGCGUCAGAAGUCAGAGAUUAAUGAGAAUACUGGUUCCUUUGAUUCUUACUCACAUCUCAAACUUAAUUCCUUCAUAGUUAAAAGAUUGUGUCAGAAUGGUUCAAACUACUGGAUCACACAAUGGAUUGCCCAACGACAACUGAAGACAAAAGUGCAUGUUCUGAGUGGCCAUACUCAAAGAAAGGGUGAAAAGCUUGCUGUAGUAGUCUCUUCCUGGCUCCAUCUAUUUCCUGUAUUUUGUGUCUUUGCAGUGUAGACACAAUAAAUGGGGAUAAACACUCAUACUGUCUAACAGUCAUCAUGGUGUUGCACUUGGUUGUAGUCAUGAACGUAUAAAAAAAAGUAGGGUAACACUUUACUUGAAGGUAUCUACAUAAGGGUGACAUGACACAGUCAUAACUAUGACAUGACACUGUCACGAACUUGCCAUAAACAUUAUGUACAUGUCAUAAACAUUUAUGACUGCUGUCAUUAAGUGUCAUUCGGUUUUUGUAAUGACAAGUUGACAU